AUGGCUUCCUGGAACGACCGCACCGUUACGAACGAGCACAUCCUUCCCUAUGUCGAUUCCAAGACAGCCCCGCCCGAGGUUGCAGCCGCACUGAACACUCUGCCAUUUGAGCGCAACGUGUUCAAGCUCCUCGCCAAUGCGCCCAUCUUCUUCCCGACUUUCAUGAAGCUCUUGAGCCUCUGCUGGCACGCCGACCGCGAGCUCCGUGCCACCGACUGGCAGAUCAUCGUCCUGCGCACGGCCGCCACCCUGGACGCGCCUUAUGAAUGGGAUGUGAAUGCGCCCGUUGCCAAGGUGCUUGGCUUCAGCGAACAGCAGUUCGAUGCUCUGCGGAACCGCUCGCAGCCCGUUCCUGCCGAGCUGUUCACUAAGCGCCAAGUCUUGCUCACGCGCUUUGUUGACGAGAUCAACAGCCCCGGCGCGACCCGCGUAUCGGAGCCGCUCAUGCAGGAACUGAAGUCUGUUUUUGGCGACACGGCUGUAGCCGAGAUGUUUUUCACCCACUCUGUUUAUGCGUUCUUGGCGAGGUAUAUGAACAGUGCCAAGAUUGACUUCGACCCCCCGAUUCCUGGGCUCGAGGACAUGCUGCGCAAGUUCAAUGCUGCCGCUAUUGAGAAGGAAAAGACUUUCACGGAUUAG